CUUUUUAAGGUGCUAUUCCAGGCCUGUAAGUUUUACAUUUGUCUCUCACUACACAUCCAAACAUUUUGAAAUAUGGAUAGGACAUAACAACCCAUAUGUCUGCACAGCAAAUACAAAUUUGCAUGCCUCUAGUACUGUUAAUUAAAAACAUAUAUAUCAGUAGAAUACAGGAUAUGAAACCAAUGUAAGGGAAAGCUUGGCAGAACUCCGCAAACAAAGUGGAGAUAUGUCUUCUUUAAGGUCUGCUUCAUUAUACCGUUUUUGUAUGUGGAAAAUACUUGAGUGUAGCAAGCAAUACACCAAUACUCAUAUACUGCAGCACAAAACAAUAUUUGUGUGGGAUUUUUGCUGGGAUUGCCAACAACCUGGAGGCAAAAAAAUGUGUGGCAACUGACUGGUGAAGCUUUUCAUGACAUCCAGUAAGUAAUAUCAUCUGGGAAACAACAUCGCAUUAAACCUCUAUUAAAGGGACACAGCAGCACUCUUUCUCCAAGCACUUGGCAACCAUAAUUUGUGCCGACCGGUGGUUUCCCGGUGUUUCUGCAUGUAGCAAAGUACAUCCACGGGCGAUCAUGUAGCAACAUACAUGUACCUUUCACACUUUCCUUAACAGAAAUGCUUUCCCUCUAAGAAGCAUAUGGAAUGAAAAGGUUCUUCAGGCACCGAGCUUCCAGAGCUAUGUCGUCGAAGGAGUGACACAGCGCAAUAGUUAAGCUAGAGAUGGAUAUCGCACAACACAGCUACGAUCCUUAAAAGCGACUUCCCGCCAAAAGGGGGUGGGGGAGAACACUGCCUUCGUAACGUGAGAACCCACGUGAUUCAACCUGUGUCCAAUCCGGGACACAGCGCCGAGGAAAGUCAACUGCACGUGUGCGCUGGAGGUUGCAAACGCCAAAACUUCAAAAAGGGGGAGGGGAUGAGGAAGGAGCGAAAACAGAUCGUUGCGCCUCCUAAAGGCUACGCGGGGUAUAAAGACACUCAUUUUCUGCAUUUCCUCCGCCGGGAGCGACGAACCCCCCCCCCCCCCGGCAGCAGCCCCUUCUCCCAUCCCCACUAGGCAACAGUGCGUAGGCUCGUCUCCUCUGCGCGUCCCCCUCUCCUGUCAGCGAAAUCCCCGAGGCGGCCGAGGCUCCCGCGCGGGCUCCCGGCGCAGGAGGGGGCACCUCCUCCCCCCAUUGGCUCCGCUGCGCCAGGCAUCGCCAUAAAUGCUUCUCCCCAGGCGCUUGCUGCCCCCUCAGCGGAGGCGCCGUCCAGAAGGGCGAGUGAGCGAGCGCGCGCCAGUGGCACUUGCCGCCGCCUGUUGCUCGAGAGUUGCGGCGGGGCAGGCGGUCCAGUCGGAGAUCAGGCGGCUGGCCGCGCUCGUGCUCCGGGCUGAUUCCGAGGGCGCCUCGGGGGCCGCCGGCUGACCCUUGCUCUGCCUUGCAUGGUCCCUGCGGCUGCCAUGAACCAGGCCCCGGACCCCAAUGGACCCGAGCAGCCUGACAGGGAUGCCCGCGGCUCGGCCCACCUCCAGUCAGGCGCCAGCAGCGGUCCCGCCAGGGGGAUGCCGGCGACACCCAGCCUGCCCCAACUCAUCCAAAAUGCUGCCAAGCUUCUGGACAAGAAUCUAUUCUCUGUCAGCACCCCGAAUCCACUGCUUCCUUCUCCUGCGAGUCUUCAGCUUGCUCAGCUACAAGCCCAGCUUACCCUGCACAGGCUAAAAUUGGCUCAGACAGCAGUCACCAACAACACAGCAGCUGCAACUGUCCUGAAUCAAGUUCUCUCUAAAGUGGCAAUGUCUCAGCCACUGUUCAACCAAUUAAGACAUCCUUCCAUGUUUAACACUCCUCAGGGGCAUGUUGGAGGGUCUGGGAUAGCCAAUACUAGAUUUCCACCUGGUGGAAUUCAUUUUCCAACACAGAACCCUGCUUUGACAGCUCCAGGAGGAGCACUGGGCCCUGUAGGUAAUUUGCAGAAUCAAAACCCAAGUGCUGUGGUCAUAAACCCUUUUGGGGGUGUAAUAUCUCAGACAGCUGGACAGCAAGCAGUGGUUAUGGGACUAAAUAAGUCUGGUGUCUCCUCUGCUACGGGUGGCUUUUAUGACUAUGGUAAACAGGUAUUUCCCUCUGAAGCUGAACAAUGCAACCAACAUGGUUUUGUGACGAGUGGGUCUCAUUCAGUUCCAGCAUCUUCUGGAGGGGGAACCUAUGAUGGUCAGCCAGGAUUUCAGAAAGAGUUUUACAUACCCAGUUCUAAAGGCCAGCAUACAACGGGGGCACAGUCUUUGAAUUUUUCUGCGGACACACAUAAUUCUCAUCAGAUUAUAAAUCCAAAAGGAGAGGGAGGUCCUGUUCAACAUGAAACAGAAGCAAAUAAUCAGUGGGAGAAUCCUUCUUUCUCUAGCCACAAUAAGACUGACAUGUUGCCCAGUGCCAGCAUGUGGCCGUCAACAAGUGUCCCAUAUGAAAUAAGAAACGAUCUUUACAAUCCUGAAGAACCAACGCCUGACACAAAGUUUAGUGCCGGUGCUGGGCUCGCUUUCAGCAGAACCAAUGGCAGUAAACAAAAUUUCAACAGCUCCCAAAUGAGACAAAAGCAGGAAGUAACUCCAGAUUUGUCAGUAAGACCUCUUCAGUCUCAUGAGCUAAAUGAUUUUCACAGUGUAGCACCUCCUUGCUACCCCCACAUCUGUACAGUAUGUGAUAAGAAGGUAUUUGAUCUAAAGGACUGGGAUCAGCACAUUAAAGGAAAUCUUCACACUCAAAAAUGCAUGGCUUUUUCUGAGAAUUCUGAUAACCGGUGUGUGUUAAGUUCAGCAGAAGGAAUGUUGCACUCUUCUUCUUCAAAUAACACUUCUGUGUUUAAUCUUUCUGGUACUGAAGACUAUCCUUUAAAUCCUGGGUCAUCAUACAAUUCCACAUCUUCAUUUGGCCAGUCAGGUUCUACAUUCUCUUCUGUACUUUCUGGAGUAAAUCUCUCACAAAGGAAAUGUGCUCCAGGUCGAGUAGUGCACAUCUGUAAUCUUCCGGAAGGAAGCUGCACGGAGAAUGAUGUCAUCAAUCUUGGACUUCCAUUUGGAAAAGUCACUAAUUAUAUCCUGAUGAAAUCUACCAAUCAGGCUUUUCUAGAAAUGGCAUACACGGAAGCAGCUCAGGCCAUGGUACAGUUCUACAAAGAGAAACCUGCAGUGAUUAAUGAUGAAAAGUUACUCAUUAGGAUGUCUAAAAGAUACAAAGAACUUCAGCUGAAGAAACCAGGUAAAAACGUAGCAGCAAUAAUCCAGGACAUCCAUUCUCAGAGGGAACGGGACAUGUUCCGGGAGGCAGACAGCUGUAGAUAUGGUCCUGAAAGGCCUCGAUCUCGCAGCCCAAUAAGCCGUUCUCUUUCUCCAAGAUCACACACUCCAAGCUUUACUUCCUGCAGUUCACCCCAUAGUCCUCUGAGCUCAAACCGAACAGACUGGGGAAAUGGAAGAGAGCCAUGGGAUCAAUCUCCAUAUUCCAGAAGGGAGGAAGAAAGAGAUGUAAUACCCUGGAGAGAAAAUGGGGAAGAGAAAAGAGAUAGAACUGACACGUGGGUGCAUGAGAGAAAACAACAUUAUCUACGACAUAUGGAUAAACUAGACUUGGAAGAACAAGCUGAAGCAGCUAGAGGGCACAGAGAAAAAUACUUACAAGGGGGGUCACCCAGUACAAAAGGAACCCACUCUUUGCCUGGAUAUAAGAGCAGAGACGAAAACUAUUACAGAAAACCAAGUAAGCAAAAAUCUGAUAAGUAUCAAAAGCAAACACUGGAUACAACUUCAAAGUCUAAAAGAAAGGAAGAAGCAAGAUCAAGAGAACACAAACAUUCUCACUGUGAAGAUCCAGUAAAGGGAGGAACACCAGAAGCAAAGCCCAAUAAGAUGCCUGACUGUCUCAAGCCAAGAGAAGAAUUCAAAGAACUUGAUAAAGAACUAGAAGAAGAGGUACCCAGUGCAGCUCAAAAAGCUGAUGUGGAGAAAGAAACAGAAACAGAGAAUGAGGUUGAAAAAGAAGAUUCUGUUACAGAGAACAUCCUGUUUCCUACAAAGAAGCAGAUGAAAGAAAUAGAAGGUUCUAUGGAAUGCUCAGGAAAAGAGAAAGAACAGGACUGGGAGAGCGGAAGUGAGAUGGAAGCUGAGACAUGGUACCCAACUAACAUGGAAGAACUAGUAACGGUAGAUGAAGUGGGAGAAGACGAUCUUAUAAUGGAACCUGAUAUAACUGAACUUGAAGAAAUAGUCACAGUUGGUCCCAAACACCAAGAAUGUUCAGAAAGUGGUCCUUUAGCUGCAGUGGAGAUGAUAGUUGAGCACAGCUUAUUAAAUAAAAGUGAAGAGAAAUCUAAUGUGGUAGAAGCAAGCUUUGGGCCAGCAGAGGAAACUCCAGGGAUUCUCAGUGGCUUAAAGGGUGAUGAUGCAGUUACUAAAGCAUUACAUCUAAAUUUGGACACUGAGCAGAAGCCAGCUGAAUUGCAUGAAGGCAGACUUCUUAGCGAUUCUGAUUGCCAUGAUACGAAAAGAAAAAUAAAUGAAAGCACUGACGUUCACUUAAACCUGGAAAAACCUUGCAUAACUUCUGAUCCUCCAAAAGAAGAACUCCUACUACAGCAGAGUGACACAUUCAUAAACGAUCAUAAAGAGAUGGAAUCCCUAGAAAACGAGAGUAGGAAAGCUGUGGAAAAGCUGGUCAAAAACUCCCAGGAGGAAACAAGCUGUGGAAACCAGGAGCAUCAAAACACUCAGGCAAACUGUAGGAAUCAGGAAGUGAAAACUCCUGACUUCCCAGAGGGAGAAUCAAGAAGAACACAUUUUUCACCAUCAUGGGAACAAGAAGAUGUAUUUACAGAGCUCAGCAUCCCACUAGGAGUAGAAUUUGUUGUGCCCAGAACAGGCUUUUACUGCAAACUUUGUGGACUUUUCUACACAAAUGAGGAGACAGCAAAGACUCGUCAUUGCAGAAGUACUGUUCACUACAAAAAUCUUCAGAAGUACCUAUCCCAGCUUGCGGAAGAGAAUCUGAAGAUGACUGACAAGGAGAGCAAUUUGACACAGGAUGACACAGGAAUUGUGCCUCACUUUGAGAAGAAAAAACUAUGACCUUUUGGUUAAUUUGAAGUGACUGCUGAUAAUUUGUUGCUGAUCCCCAUGAUGCUCCUUCCUGCUUGUGCUCUUUUGAAGGAGUAAAAGCACAAUGAAGAGCCUGUUCUGUGCAUCGAUUCUCAGAGUGCCAUCCAUAUACAAUGCCUGAAAUGAACUGAAACAAUAGCAACACAUCUGUAACCAGCAGAGCGCAGCUUUCUCAUGUUUUGAUAGCUCUCACAUUAAAUCAGAGUUCUCAGGGAUUCUCUGUUUUAGUUCUGGUGUGACUUCAGGUGAUUGUUCAGGGAAGAUUAUCUGGAGGGAAUGACCUGAAUGAAAGUAUUGUAAAAUUACCUUACAAAGCAGCAAACCAUAGUUCUUGUAAUCAUACCCAAAGUCGUUGCUGUUAAUAUUGGUACUUUCUGACAGCAGUGAUAUAUGUGCCUUGCAUGAAGUAAUCAUGGUCCUUGCAUCCAAAGGGCUUAUAGGCUAAAUCCACAUCAGAGGGCACAAGUAAUUGUUCCUCCAUCUUCAGGGUCCGGACACAUUUCAGAGGACAACAUUUUGAAGACUUCUGACACUUAUUUUUCCAAGUUCUGUCAACUGGUAGAUUAUAUAUCCAUUCUCAUCCGCUUUUCUGAAGAUUCGUCCUUCCUAAUUUCUGACAUCAAACAGAUGCUUAAUUUUGUUUAAACUAGGGCUGUCAUGGGAUUAAAGAAACUGUAGUUUAUUAAUCAUAUGAGUUCUGAUACUUUAGAUGUCCAUACACUUGCACAUAAAACAAUUGUUUUGAAGAAAAAGUAUUCUUCCUCUAUUUCUGCACACGCCUGUUGCACCAUCUUAGAAAAAGCAUUCCUUCUUGCAUGCUUGAGGAGGAGGAAUGUGCCUGCCUAAGAUGGUGUCUGUCACCCAGAGCUUUUGUACAAAAAAUAGUCAAUUUGCUUUUUAAAGCUGCCUGAUGUAUUGAGUGUACCAUUUAUAGUAAAAGUUUUUGUGCUUAAUCUUACCCAUUUAUCAACCAAAUGUUGCAGCCCUAGUUUGAACAGACCUUGAAUGUCAUUCCCAUUAAUUUCUGUUUAUUAUGUAGAUGCCUAAUAUAGUAUUAUUAUAUCUGUGUUUCCACAAUUAGUGUUUUAUAUCAUCUAGAGUUCCAUUGAAAUACAGCUUAUUGAUCUAGUUUGUUCCAUUGAAGCUUGGAGUGGUUAAAUGCAUAGCUCUUGUGAAACAAGUUACAUCGCAGGGUGAUUCUUUUAAAAAUGCACCAGAAACAAUCUAUUUUGCUGAACUAUACCCGGCCAGAAGCCAGAUAUCAAAGGACUAUAUGCAUAUUGGAUUCAGCUCACUGUUUGAAUUGCUUUUGAAGGAAAUUUGAAAUAUUUUAGGGAAAUUAUUGAAGAAGGAUUCCUCCCAUAACUCACUGUUUAAGUUUACCAGAUAAUUUUGCUUACGCUUGGUGCUUUAGGCUUCUCACAACGAGGACUUUGGUUUUUAUUGGAAUGAUUUUCUUUCUCUAUGAACAAAUAGAGAAUGUCCUCAUGCCAUAAUUAUUUUCUCUAGGGCAGUG